CUGAGCGACAAGGCUGCGCACUGUGCUCGGACCCGCAGCCCGCCGAGGUUACGGCCGCUUCUUCUCUCCCUCCCCGCCUCGAAAGGUGGCGCACAGCUGCAUCUUCCCAUCCACAGGCAACACCACCCGUUCUCUGGCCGACGCGAACCGGACGGCGGCGGAGCUUCACGUGACAAAUGGAGACUUUCAAUCAUGAACUGAACACUUACUUCGAGUCAUGGAUGGGACCCAGGGAUCAGCGGGUGCGAGGAUGGCUGCUGCUCGACAACUACCCACCGACCUUUGCACUCACAGUCAUGUACCUUCUGAUCGUGUGGACGGGGCCCAAGUACAUGAAACGGAGGCAGCCGUACUCCUGCAGAGGCCUCCUGGUGCUCUACAACCUGGGCCUCACACUCUUGUCCUUCUACAUGUUCUAUGAGCUUGUUACUGCUGUGUGGAGCGGAGGCUACAACUUCUACUGCCAGGACACUCACAGUGCACAGGAAGUGGAUAAUAAGAUCACCAAUGUCCUGUGGUGGUACUACUUCUCCAAGCUCAUUGAGUUCAUGGACACCUUCUUCUUCAUACUACGAAAGAACAAUCACCAGAUCACGUUUCUCCACCUCUACCACCACGCUAGCAUGCUGAAUAUCUGGUGGUUUGUUAUGAACUGGGUCCCCUGUGGCCAUUCGUACUUUGGCGCCUCCCUGAAUAGCUUCGUCCACGUGGUGAUGUAUUCUUACUACGGCCUGUCGGCCAUCCCAGCCGUACGGCCGUACCUUUGGUGGAAGAAGUACAUCACGCAGUUACAGCUGAUCCAGUUCUUUUUAACCACGUCCCAGACGAUGUGCGCAGUCAUUUGGCCAUGUAGCUUCCCCAACGGAUGGCUGUACUUCCAAAUAAGUUACAUGGUCACGCUCAUUUUCCUUUUCUCAAACUUCUACAUGCAGACUUACAAAAAGCACAGUGUUUCUCUGAAGAAGGAGCACCACAAUGGCUCUCCUGCUUUAACAAAUGGACAUGCCAAUGGGAAGCCGCCCACGGAACGCUCUGCACACAGGAAACUACGGGUGGAUUGACGUUUGAGAAGCCGCCGCCUCACUGUAGCGGGUUAGCUGAUGCUGCGAGGAGGUAUAUGUAUCUUCUUAUCUCCAAUAGUUUAGCACUCACUUGAGAUGAAAUAAGCCAUAGUCACAUAUAUCCAGAGACUUUCCAUCUUUUUGCACACGUUCCUACUCAUGGUAUUGAAUAAUAAAUACUCAAGAUUAUUGUAGAAUGGCUGCACAGUAUUACCUCACCCAACCUCGAGAAGAAAUUCACUUCAAAGCCAAAAAACAUUUUUCUACCAGCAAUUAAACACAUUUUGAUUCAUUCAAUGAUGCUUUUCACAUAAAAGGUCCAAAGAUGAAUGUUUCAGCUGUCAAUAACGUCUCUUUCACCAACCCAAAGGACAAAUAAAACAACAACGUUGACUGUGGUCCUUAAGUGUAACACGGGCAUACAUCCUGUGUCUUGCUUUACCUCACAUACACCUACAUGUUGCCCUGUGUUAUACUGUCACACAUUGUUAUUGACAGAUUGCACCAGAAGACGUUUUGCUGUAGGGCCGAUACAUUUGCAGAGCUCUCUAGUUUGGAAUAUUUAGCCAUCUAACCAAAACAUAACCAAAGCAUAGUGUACUGCAUUCAGGGAUUCAUUAUUAAACCAGAUACAAUGUUACAGGGCAAUUGUGUUUCAUGGGCACAAUAUAAAAUAUAUCCUCCUUGAUAUUCCUAUGUUAUAAUAUAUAUAUAUAUGUAUAUAUAUAUAUAUAUAUGUGUGUGUGUGUUUCAUCUCAUAAAUAUAAUAUCUACUGUAGCUUUCCCAGUGAAUGCAAUUAGAACUUACAUUUAUUUAAAUUAAUUAAAUAUAGGUCUGAAGUGCAGCUGCUUAUUGUUGUCAACUACUUGGGUAGUCUAUCAAGAUAAUCUUAUCAUAUUGUAUAAUUCAAAUAUAAACACUCCAGUAUAUUAUAUUUGAAUAAACCUUACAAUAUUGUCAUUAUUGACCGUGGGAACAGCAGUUUACAAAUAAUCUCACCAAAAUGUCCAAAUAGUAGAGCUUUUGAUUUUGAUUAUCUUUACAUUGUCCAAAAUAAUGUAAAUGUAAAUGUGGUAAACCCUAUCGACUGAGGAAGAUCAUGUGAUAUGACCUAAAGCUUCAAAAAGCUACUAAAUGGAUCAUGAGAUGGAAUUGUUUUGUCAAUAAAUAUCUGGUAGUUUUUUCGAGUCUUUAGAUAAAUAUGGUGCCUUCCGGACCAGUUUAUUUUGUUUCUAAUUUCAUCUUUUCAAUAUGCUAUGACCAGAUUCAUGUUGGUCCAUUUCAGACUAAUAUCUGUCAAAAUUCCAGUAAUAAACCUGUGCCUGAUUUUUAAUAUAUCAAAUAUUCUGAACUAUCAUUCCGAACAACUGAAACAUACUAAACCAACAGGGAUGUUUAUCUUAUAUAAUAAUAUAAUAGUUGAGAGAUAUGCUUGUACACUGUCUCGCAGCUGGUUAGCUUAGCAUAGUUUAAAGACUGGAAUCUUCUCAUUUAUCUCACAAACACAUUUCCCAAAAACUAUUCUUUUAACUUUUUCCGAAAACAAUUUUACCAUAUGAACAUGUUUUUAAAGUGAAAGCAUAAAGUCCUCACAAGAGAAUUGUUUAGUUGUUUUGUGGAAAAAGAAGGUUGUGGAGAUUGAACUAUUUAUUCCUUUGUGUUCCUUAUUUUUAUGUUACGUACUUCUUCACUAAACUAUUGCUAGGGGCCGACACAGUAAAUGCUGGUAUAGAAAACAAUACUACAAGGAUGUUUGUGACUUUAACCACUGAAUGAGCAUGUUGGUGAAAUGUUUAGAUGACCUAGAUUCAAUUUCACUGCAGCAGAAACUAUACAUUCUUAAUAAUUCAUACAAUUGUAUAUUCCUGAUAAAUCUGAUUCGCAGAAAUCUACAAAUAAGAGAGAACCUGUUAAACCAGCGUAAGCCGUAACUACUCAGAAAUGUACUUAUAGUUAAAGUAUUUCCUGCUACAUGCCAUCCAUGUUGCAGUUCCUCUUUUGUACAAGGUGAAAGUGCUAAAGCUAAAUAGAGUUUAUAUAAUUAAGGGCUGGAUUAGCAUUUAACAAGAUCCUAAUUGGAAAAGGCCAAGUAAUAAUAAUAACUAAGUAAUAAUGUAUUGCAUACAUUUUUAUAGACUGUUAAAAUAAAUAAAUAUAUAUUUUCUGAAAUGUGGGAUAGAUCUGGGUUGACAUGUUGUGACUCAUGCUUUACUCCUGUAACUCAUUAAAAAAAAGUAGAUUGUA